AUGUUCAUUGACACUCGGUAGCCGGAACGAACGCGACUCGAAUUACUCAGGAGCUGUCCAACCAGGACACGAUUCUUCACUACCCCAGCGCCAUGGCGCCACAGGUGACCAGCUGGGAGGGCCUGCUCUGGGUGUCUGAAGAAACCGAUGAGGACACCGGAGACUUCAAAUAUACCAUGUUCGCAACCAUGGAAGAUGACAUGAUAUACUACGGCCAAAUUAACAGACCAAAGACCGACAUAUCAUUUCAGCAGGUCACCGAUGCCCUUGCCCGUAUUCCUGACGAGGAAAUUCUCCCCCAGUGGCCAGAAGACUUCACUCUCACCAAGGCUCCCCAGGAGCUCCCAUCAAAAAUUUUCAUCAAGCGGCCCAAGCUAGCACUAUACGACGUCUUUCGGGAGCACAAAGUAACCCAUCUCCUCCAGAAGAGUUUGGCCGAAGAGGUAGAAGCAAUGGAAAUACUGAGGAGCCAUCCUCACCCAAAUAUCGUGGGAUACCACGGCUGCCAUGUGCGACGGGGCUAUAUCACAGGACUCGUGCUUGACCGACAUGUCCACGAUCUGGAGAGCUACUUAAAGAGCGGCUACAUCAUACACGAUGAGGAUCUGUUUAUGGAAGCACUGGAGUCCGCCAUUCAUCACCUACACUCGCUUAGCUGGGCCCAUAAUGACAUCAACCCAACAAACAUACUCGUGGCAGAGGACAAGAGACCCAUUCUCAUCGAUUUUGGCUCGGCUCGUAGGGUUGGAGAGGCGCUCUCGACUAGCCGUGGUACAAAAGGCUGGAUUGAUGGCGAGAUGAAGGACUAUACCACGUCGGAGACCCGACAUGAUACUUCAGCUCUGACCAAGUUGCGUACGUGGCUAAGUCACCCAACAUUUGAGGAUUGAGUACAGUAGCUGUGCUAUGCAUUUUCCUAACGUAAACAC